AUGUCCUCUUUAAUUGUAUGUAUUGAAUUAAUUUCUGAAUCCGUGCAGCCAAAAGGUCUACCGCAACUUGCAUAUCCUGGUCAAGAAAAUAUUAGUACAGUUAUUACGAAAACAAAUGCGUUGAAUAAGAAAUCUGGUCCUUUCGAUGCUACUAUAUUCUUAGGUGAUGUUAUCUCUAAGGCAGAUAAUGAGAAUACGAGCAAACCUAUUUUGGUAGAUGUUGAGCAUCCAAUCUAUUUUACAGCUGAUUCUAGCUCAGAUAUAACUCAAAGUAUACCCAACUUUAAUAAUUUGGGAAAUUUUGGUGUUCAUGCUUUUGCUAAUGAAAUUACUUUAGCAUUCAUUACAGGUGAUGAAUCAACAAUAAAUGAAAAUUUGAAUGAAUUCAAGUCAAAGAUAGAAGGGAAAGAAAUUGACAUACUGGUGACAUAUCAAUGGCCAAAAGUGAUAUCACAUGAAGCUAAAUUAUUCCUUGGAAAUUCAAAUAUUGAUACAAUUGUUAAAUUGACCAAACCAAAAUAUCAUUUUGCUAUAGGUUCUCAGUCAGGUCAUUUCCUUGAAAGACUACCAUUUGAAUGGGAAGAUGGCUCUAUAACUAGGUUCAUUAGUUUAUCCAAAUUUGGCUUUAAAGAAAAAUGGAUUUAUGCAUUUAACUAUUCUAAAGGUCAAGAUUCAACACCACCAAAAACAUUAACCCCAAAUCCAUUCACAACUAUUCAAGACAAAGAAGAAGGAUUAGCCUCCCCAGAAUCCAAAAAGCGUAAAGCUCAAGACUCAGAUCUUACACCAAUUAAUGACGAAUCUCAACCAAUUGCUAAAAAACAUGCUGCUACAAAUAAAGUUGUCUUACCAGAAAAUUGUUUCUUCUGUCUAAGUAACCCGAAAUUAAAAGAACAUUUAAUCAUAUCAAUCGGUGAACAUUCUUAUUUAACAAUAGCAAAAGGUCCAUUAACAAGACCUACUGAUAAGAUGAAAUUUUCAGGCCAUUGUCUUAUAAUCCCAAUCGCACAUAAUCCAAGACUUGAACAAAAUGUUGAAAAUAUCCAAAAAGAAGAUCAACAAACUCUAAGUGAAGUUCUCAGGUAUGAAUUAUCGUUGGUCAAAUUAUUUGCUAGUUUCAAUUUGGGUACAGUUAUUUUCCAAAUUAAUAAAUCUAAUAAUGUUCAUUUCCAUAAUCAAGUUUUCCCAGUUGCUGUUGAUUUCCUUACAGAUUUUGAGAAAACAUUGAAUAAAAAUGCUUCUAUUAAUAACACCAAAUAUACUAGAAAUGUUCAAUUAAAUUUCAGAAAGUUUAAUGAUGAUACUGAUGAAGAAUAUCAAAGUUUUUUGAGAACUCAUAAGGAUUUUAUUUCAUUUAAAGUUUUCAAUAAAUCAAUUGAAGAUAAAUCAAUUUAUGUUAGUGAUAUUGAUUCUUUAGAUAAACCUUUGGAUUUACAAUUUGGUCGUCGUGUUUUAGCUUACUUAUUACAAGUUCCAAAAAGAAUCAAAUGGGAUAAAUGUCAACAGUCUGAACAAAGGGAAACUCAAGAGACUGAAACGUUCAAAGAAGCUUUUAAACCUUUUGAUUUCACAGCUGAACUUUAG